AAAAGGUAGAGAGGGGCCCCUCCCCUGUCCACCGGGCGGCUACUGCCACCGCCAGCGCCGAUAGGAUGAGUUUCUUGAAGAGCUUCCCUCCGCCGAGCUCAGAAGAUGGGCUGCGGCAGCAGCAGCCCGACACCGAAGCGGUGCUGGACGGCAAGGGCCUGGGCACCGGUACCCUCUACAUCGCCGAGAGCCGCCUAUCCUGGUUAGAUGGAUCUGGAUUGGGAUUUUCGCUGGACUAUCCCACCAUUAGUUUACAUGCUGUCUCCAGGGACCUAAAUGCCUAUCCACAAGAGCACUUGUAUGUUAUGGUGAAUGCUCGAUUUGGAGAGGAAGAACCCAAAGAAGUAAAAGAAACUCCAAUGGCCGAAGGGGAAGAAGAUGAGGACAGUGAUGAAGAUAUUGAACCAAUUGCUGAGUUCAGAUUUGUUCCAAGUGAUAAGUCAGCAUUGGAAGCAUUGUUUGCUGCCAUGUGUGAAUGUCAAGCUUUACAUCCAGAUCCUGAGGAUGAAGAUUCAGAUGAUUAUGAUGGAGAAGAAUAUGAUGUGGAAGCACAUGAACAAGGACAGGGGGAUAUUCCUACAUUUUACACCUAUGAAGAAGGAUUGUCUCAUUUAACUGCAGAAGGACAAGCUACUCUGGAGCGACUAGAAGGAAUGCUUGCUCAGUCUGUGAGCAGCCAGUAUAACAUGGCUGGAGUAAGGACAGAAGACUCAAUUAGGGAUUAUGAAGAUGGGAUGGAGAUAGAUGCCGCACCAACUGUUGCCGGACAGUUUGAGGAUGCAGAUGUUGAUCACUGAAGAUCAGUAAGGCUGAGUAUUAGAUUCCACAUGUUAACUGAAGGAGGGAACUUUCUGGUCUUCCCACAGUGGAGAGGCAAGAGAAGAAACACCUUUUUCCCCUCUGCAAACAUGACCUAAACCAGUUCUUCAGACUUAUGCUGAGGCCAUAUGAAUCACCACCAGCAGAAGCUUGCAUUCUUUAUUAACAGAAGUGGCUGGAUUCACCCAACAGGGUAUUUAUAGUUUAUCAUUGACUCAAGAAUCCUGUGCCCAGUUGUGGUCAUCUAGGCCUAUAAAUCCUUCCCUCACAGUACUCAUCUGUAAGGCAGCAGGCCCACAUGGUGCAGGGGUAUGGAAAAGAAGUGGGGGUAGGAGGUGUAACCAGAAUAUGCCAUAUGCCAUACACAUACACACACACAUACACACAGAGGUACACACACGUACAUAUGUAUGUAUAUUCACACAGAUACAUUACACACAUAUAUACACAUAUGUACAUGCAUAUGUGUGUGUUUGUGUGUCUGUAGCAGUAAUUGCUCUUUGAAAAGAGAUUAAGAGUUCUCAGAGGCUUGCCUCUGCUCUUUUGUACUCUGGAUCAAUCAGGUAACUACCCAUAGGGAAUAUCAAAGCCUGAUUAGCUUAUUCCUGCUUCUAUGAGUAGCCUAAUUAACUCUUCUACCAUGUCCCACCAACCUCCAUUAACAAGAGCUGGGAGCUUCUGACAAGCUUUUGCUAUUUUCAUAGUUCUCUUUAGUCUGAAAGAUGAAUUUUAUAAUUCUAGUCUGUUGUGACAAACUGGCCUCAAAAGCUAUCUUCUCUUAGGUUCCUCUGAAAAUUUAAAGAGGCUGGGAUGAGAUCCUUAAAAUACUGCAGAUGAGAAUUCUUUUGUCUUUGUUACAACUAAAUAAAUAAAAUUAGGUUUUGUAUGUUAA